AUGUGCGGGAAGUCGAUGGAUGCUGGUGGAUCAUGCGGUUUAUGGCAGAAUCGUACCGGGAAAUUAUUACCGGGAACGCUUUGUGCAAGCGAUUAUUACAAUGGAUGCUUAUUUCAUAGAAACAUUAAGGGUUUCAUAGUUCAAACUGGAGAUCCGACAGGCACAGGGAAAGGAGGUAAUUCGAUAUGGGGUAAAAAAUUUGAUGAUGAAUUCCGAGAAGAGUUAAAACAUAAUACUAGAGGCAUUGUAAGUAUGGCAAAUAAUGGACCAAAUACCAAUGGAAGCCAAUUUUUCUUUACCUAUGGAGAACAACCUCAUUUGGACCUCAAAUAUACAGUUUUUGGAAGGAUAAUAGAUGGAUUUGAAGCUCUUGAUGAUUUAGAAAAGAUGGCAGUGAAUCCAAAAACAUUUAAACCUCUAACAGAAGUCAGAAUAACUUCAGUGACAAUUCAUGCCAAUCCUAUAGCUGGA